AUGAAUUAUUUAUAUUCAGGUGAUAAUUUUGGUACGAUUAAAGAGUAUAAUAUUACAAAAAUUCUUAAUUCUGAUGAGUUAUCUACUGAUUCAAUCACCAAAUAUUCAAGUAAACCAAUAAAGAGAACUACAUUUAUUUAUACUAACAAGUUUAUUCUUAAUGAAAAAAAUCAAUCGAAGAAUAUGCUCAUUGGAUAUUCCGACGGCAAAAUAGAUAUAAUUUUAACUCCGUUAAAUAAUGACUCAAAUAUUCCAAUAAUUUCAUUUAUUGUUAAUGGUGAAGUAAUUUUUAUACAUGAUAUUACCCUUAAUUAUCCAAAUGAAUCAGAAAAAGGAAAUAAAGUUAUUGUUACAAUAACAGGAUCAAAAAAAUUGUAUUUACUUAGAUUGCCACAGAUUAAUGAAGGUCACCCAUAUUUUCAAUCAACAAUUGACUUGGAUGUUAACUAUGAAGACGCCUGCUCGAUUUAUACGGAUUUCAUUAUUGAAAAAUUUGAACUCCCAUGCACUAAUCUCAAAUGUGUUGCAUAUAAUAACACAAAAAAUUGCAUUGCAUUUGGUGGUUAUGAAUCGGAUAUUAAGAUAAUUCGUUUAGAUACCUUGGAAUUAGCAUGGAGUUCAAAAAAUAUACAAAAAAAUAUGCUUAAGCAUAGAAUGCCAAUCGAUGUUACAAAAUUGACGUUCAUACAGGAAGAUCCAGAAAUAUUAUUAUGUGGUACAGGUUACGGUGAAAUUCGUCUUUAUGCUCCUCAAUUACAAAGACGACCUAUUAUUAAUUAUGUAAUUUGGGAGGAGAAAUUACCAGUUACAAGUUUAGAAAUUAUUAAAAAAUGGUCAAAGUUGAAAUCAAAUAAAAAUUCACAUGGAUCGGUAUUUGCUGUUGGCAAUAAUAAAGGUUCAGCAUUACUUUUAAAAAUUUCAGAUACUCAAGUUGAUAAUCACAAAAAUUUGAAUUUUUUAAUGGAAAAUCGUGGUUCUGCAUUAAAUAAGAAAAAUAUAGUUCCAUUAAUUCGAGAAUGUGUACCAUUUAAUAUUUCUAUUCAGCAAUCCGAAAAAAAUAAACUAAACAUUAGGAGUAAUCAUAGAAUUGAAAUAUCUACUAUAGGAAGUUUUAAAGGUAUAAUGGGUGGGAUUACAGCAAUGAGCUAUUUUAAAUUAAAUACACAGGGAGAGCAUAGAGACAGCAUAUUUCUUGCAAUUGGUGGACUAGGACGAUAUGUUUAUAUAUUUGAAGUUAAAAAAAGGAGAUUAGUUAAGAAAAUUUUUACAUCACAAAAGACAACAUUCAUUAAUAUUUUAGAAUAG